AUGCAAUCCCGACAAUCACCACCAACUUACGAAGAGAGUACGCAGAAUGCGAUGGAAAUUUACACAAAGCUAGUGGAACACACCAAGACACCGGAGGACCUGCUAGAGCCACUUUUGUCGGACAAGUUGACCAUCGAUGAAAAGCAAAAGCUCAUAGAGGAGGCCCCUGAUGUAGUCUUUUUGGGGGGUGGGAACAAUACAACUAGGACUCCAAGCCUUGAGACUCGGCUUGAGAAUGCAAAAUGCGACGAGCUUGCUCAGAUAGUAGCCUACCGUGACCAUUUACUCAACGCACCGGACCGUGGCUGGUGUAAUGAACUCAUUAAGCUGGAUAUAACCCUACGAGUGAUUGUCCAGCGCAGAAUAUGGCUUAAGCAAAAAUUCAAAGCCCUACAGAUUCAGACAUAUCAGAAAAGAUCUAUAGACAACUCGGAUAGGUGUCGGCUCAAGGACGAGGAAAAUAAAACCAAAUCCCCCAACUCAAUAUACUAG